AAUAAUAAUAAUUCAUUUACAUUACUGCACAAUUCAGCUUGUGACCGAACAUGUGUAAAAGCACAUAUUUGAUGUUGAGAUUAACGGUACCGGAAAAAUAUUUAUUUAAUAAACUGAAUUCGAGUCGUUUUCAUUCCCUGAUGCAUGUGAAUUACCGUGGGCCUAUUAGUCUUUUCUGGAGCCACGAAGCUGGUUUUGGUUUCAUAUUUUGUUGUUUCUGAGGCUCUGUAGUUUAUAGGCCUAUGUAUUUGUGCAUUUCUGUAUGUUUUUCUAUUGAAUUGAUAAAUAAACGAAUCAAUUAGUUUUAAUUACUUUUCAGAAUGUAUUUGUCUUGUAUAAAUAGCAUUAAGUCUAUUUGCUUUUAAAUAACUGAGUUAUUUAUUUUGAGUUUACUUAUUUUGUAAUAAUAAACGAUCUAAUCGAUCAGUUGUACUUUGUAGAAAUGUGUUUUAUGUGUUUUCUUAUAUUUUUGUGCCUAGUUUUUUUUUCAAUUAUGUUUUUAUAGUAAACAUUUAUUUUAUAAUUGUGCAGUUAAAUGUAUUUAUUUCGUGUUUAUCAUUUUAAUUACAUCAUUUAAUUAAUGUGUUUAUUUUUUACAACUGCCAUUUGUGUUUAUUUAUAUUUCCAUGGCUUUGUUAUUUCAUUGCUGUUUAUAUCAGUUAUUAUUAAUUGAUAAACUGAUUUUAUUUUUAUAUGUUGAAUAUUUUUAACUGGGCCUCCCCUCGGGUCAGCUGGAUCUUCUGGUUCUUUUUGGUAACUGAACCGACUUGCACGUGAGGGUAACCUAAUAAAACCGGGUCUGGUUUUUAGGUCUUUGCUGUAGCCGCAGACCCUCCCUGAGUGGAUCUGGAUCUUCUCUGAUUCAGGCCUUCAUUCAGCUCUCGGACGGGGCCGGAGGCGGAUCCAGCGGAGCUCACAGCGGUGGAGAAACGCUGCGGAGACCAGGAGACGGGACAGGGAACAGGGAAGGGUUUCUGUUGGACCAGUCUGCGUCUGGAGAGAGAACCACAGGCUCUCCACAGCUGGAUCAGUCCGAACCUCUGGAUCUUUGGAGCGCACUGCCCGAUUUCAGGGUUUGGUUUGUUCUCUCGCAGCAGCUCUCAGACUUUAGGUGAAAGACCGGAACUGACCGAAAUCCCGACGUUUAUCACCGUAAGUGUCCACCGGUCGGUACCUGUUCGGAGGAAGAUGCUGAAUGACAUUAAAACGGAGGACCGAGUGCGCGCUGAUACGGAGGCUCUACAGGUUCUGACCGGUGCGUCUCCUCCUCAGACCGUCUGUGAGGGCUGCCAGCGGAUCAUCUCCGACCGCUUCAUCAUGCGGGUCGACGGUGCGUCCUGGCACGAGGAGUGUCUGCAGUGCGCCGCGUGCUACCGACCGCUCACCGCGUCAUGCUACUGCAAGGACACCAAGCUGUACUGUAGGAGCGACUACCAGCGAUUGUUUUCCUCUACGUGCAGCGGCUGUCAGGGGACAAUAGCCUCCACAGAGUUUGUGAUGCGAGCUCUAGGACGUGUUUACCACCUCAGCUGCUUCUGCUGCUGCGUAUGCGAGCGCCAGCUGUGCAAAGGAGAUGAGUUUGUUCUGAAGGAGGGUCAGCUGCUCUGCAAGGGGGACUAUGAGAGGGAGAGAGUCCUGCUCAGCACAAUCAGCCCGGACAACUCGGACUCAGAUAGGAGUGAGGAUGAGGAGUUGAAGAAGUCUGAAAAACGUCUCACAGCAGUGAAGGGCAGUGAUGACAGCAAGGAUCCUCACCGGCCCAAACGGCCUCGCACCAUCCUCACCACCCAGCAGAGGAGAGCCUUCAAGUCCUCUUUUGAGGUCUCCUCAAAGCCCUGCAGAAAGGUCAGAGAGACCUUGGCUGCAGAGACUGGGCUGAGCGUUCGUGUGGUCCAGGUCUGGUUCCAGAACCAGAGGGCUAAGAUAAAGAAGUUAGCUCGCAGACAGCAGCAGCAGCAGGAGCAUCACAGUCAGCGGCUCAGCCCAGAGAUGUUGUCUGGUUGUGUGGAAGACCUCCUCAACUCUUACUCGAGGUGGCUACCUGCAGGCCACCAGCAACCGGGGACCUUGCAGCAUGGUGGCUACAAUACAGACCCCUUCCAACCAGGCCUCACCCCACCACAGAUGCCUGGAGACCACAUGAACCCCUAUGGUAGGCAUCACACCUAUCUGGAUCUGUUCAACAAUUACAACAUUCAUAUUGGUGAACAAUCUGCAUUUUUCUGGGUUUUCUCAAAAUGUCAGGACCUACCCUGCAAACAGUCAACGUUGCAUGGACGUGCAGAUCGUGUCUAUAUUGAAUCUGUCGGUCCAGACCACGUCUGCAGGACGUCCAAACUAGGUCUUUGCACAGUGGGUACUGUCUCAAGCUUAAAAUCAACAACCUCUUGUAUGAAUUAGAAAAAUUGCCAACAGGAGUCACCGGUCUUUGUCUCUCGGACAUGUUUGUAGUCUGAUUAACUGAUCAUAUUCUUCAGGCUUUGUGAAUAAAUAGAACUCAUCAACAUAACUAUUUAUCAAGUAAUGACUUAUAAUUUUACCCAGUAGGAGCACAUAAAGUAAGGAUUGGACCCUGACAAACUCUGGCACUAAAAGGAAGAUUCAGUGUUAAAGGUUGAAUAUGGAACAACUGAAUAAAAAGUUAUAUUUUUAAAAACAAAUAAUACCUUCACAGGGUGUUUAGAAGUGUGCAGAAUGAAGUACAGUAUUUGCUUUAACUCCUUCGCUGCCAGCGUUUCUCACCGUUUUUACUGUUUUUUAAGAGUCACAGAACGUUGCGUGCUAGGAUGAUGUCGACGCCAAAACUACCAAAACAAAGCGGAGACUCACCUCUUACAUCAGUAAGAAUCCACACGUUUCGAGCGUUAUCCGUUCUUUCAUAAUCCGUUGUUGAAUUGUGAUCGGCAGAAGCUUUUCCGGUUUGCGUCUCACUUUUUUUACAGCAGCGGCCCAAAACAAUCUCCUAACACAUGGAUUUUCUGCUUCCUGAUCACGUGACGUGUGGCGGAUGCAGAUGGAGAUCGGCUUUAGAGCUGAGAUGUUUGUUCUCACAGUGCGAGGGCUCGUUCCAACGCCCACACAGUAAAAAAACGCUAAUGUAAAUUGGCAGCGAACGGUUGGAUUUCAAAUGAUGACUUUAGUCUUCAAUGGCAGUGAAUGAGUUAAAAGUUAUAUUUAAUAAAAAAUAAUCAAAUUUUUAUUUUGACAAGCACAACACUGGGUUUAUGUUUCCAUCUACCAGCCAGUAGAGGGCACCGUUACAGGUUACCAAACAGUCCGCUCAACACAGCGAGGCUGACACUGUGGAAAACGGAGGACUCGGUAAGUCAAGCAGCUGCUUCUGAGCCCAGAAGAUGUCGUUGUCCUUCUCAGAAGAGAAGCGACCACAAAUUGUCUAAAACCAGAGUGAGCUUAGGUGAAGCCUAAAAACCUAAAAGACAGUCUACCCAGAUGUGAACACCUUAUACGCUAUACCAUACCGGGGCGGGGCGAGCCAGCCCUGAUGUGAAAGUGGCAGAAAAUGAACCAACAGAUACUAAAUAAGCUAUGAAGUAAAAAAGAUCCACUCUGUUUUACUAGUAUUACUUACUUACAUGUCCAGUAGUAACAAAGUCAGGUCCCCAUCAGUCCGUGAUUUCAUAGCCUCCUUUAGUUCCCUCACAAGUGGAGUCCGCACUGAUGUUCACUCUAGUUGAGGCUCCACAAUGGUGCCAACAUCCAUCCAUCAAUCCAUCCAUUUUCUUUACCCGCUUAUCCUCGCAGGGUCGCGAAAAAUGGUGCCAACAACAAAGCAAAAUUCUCCUUCUUCUUGUGUUUUUUAUUGACAGUCUACAAACUGAAAAGGCUAACUGCUAGCUUUUAUAUGAGCUACUGGCACAGGUAACAGCUAUUUCCAUGAAGCAGGUAGAGACUUCCUGCUAGUGCACCUGCCUGGACCACAAAACUGUUAAGUGCAGUUUCUGGCCAGCGGAGGGCUACAGACUGCUGUCCAAGGUGAACUUGGUCAAGUUUACAGCUCAAGAAUCACUGAAACCAGUUUGAAAGCUAAAACUUGAAGUUUUAAGGUCUCUUUAGUGUUGUUUUUAAGCAGUGGUACACAAUAGGCAGCCGGACCUGGCCUGUGAGCCCCUUUAUUGUGGCCCCCGGUCCACCAAGACAGCACACCAGCAGUAAAACUCUAUAUCUGGUUUUCUGAUCAGCGUCUCAGUGACUGACAGACCUUUAAUAAUUAGUGGAAGAUUCAAUCUAGCAUUUGUCAAUUUGAUGUUUAUAAAAACAUACCAGGGUCUGACUCAACUCAACAUAAUCGGGUAAACAGGAAAUCUGGUGUCAUAGUUCAGCCCUCAGAUGAGUGGUGACUGUAGGAAAAGGUGAGAGUAGCAGACAAAUGCCAGGGCAAAAGGGGAAACUAAUAACAGGUAAUCAGAAUAGACAAUGCACACUGGAAAUAUCCUGAAUUCAAAGACGGUGGGAUUUUACCACCCACCACCACACACACAGGGAACCCCAGACCUCUACAACCACCAACACACACACAGGGAACCCUAGACCUCUACAACCAGCACCACAAAGCAGCAAACAACAGGCCCAUUCUUAACAAAGGACCCAGACACACAUGGUGCGACCUGCUCAGAUUAAACCACAGCCACACCCCGUCACUUGGAGAACAGCGGUCCAAUCAGAGAGCACUCUAAUGGGAGGAGGAGGGAGAAGACAGCCAAUCACAGACAAGGAUCCACACAGCUGGGCCAGCAAAUCAGCAACCUAGGCUACGCAGAACAAAAUGUCCACCUGGAGAAAUACAGUUACAAUAAAUUUUACUUUAAAAGAUCCAAAACAAGGAAACAUCACAUACCACAGAAACAUAAAACACAUCAUGAGACUGACAUUGCACUUCAGGUAAAAGUAAAAGAUGUGUCUUCAGAACAAAUCCAAUAGAUGGAACAACGCUUAAGACCUGAUCCCCUCUGGUCAUCAAAACGCUUUGAGACAAUAAAGGUAUUCUCUAUUCUUGCAAGUUAUUCUAGUCUGUAGUUUAGAACUCCACUGAAUCAAUGACAUCCAGCUGAUCUAGGUGAUCUCCCAGGGUUUUAUACAUGCAAGAAGGAGAAUUUGUUCAUAAAAAUUAAGAUUAAAAAUAUUUGAAUCAAAAUUAAAAAAUAAACAUUGGAGCACAGAAAUUACAGAAUGGACAGAAACAGCAGCAUGAAAAUAAGCCAGUGAAGAAGGGAAUCAACAGGUCUCACGCAAAAGCCAGCCUGAACAGGUGAGUUUUCAGCUGCUGACCACUGAGUCCACUGAUCUCAGGCUCGGGGGGAUAGAGUUCCUGAGUCUGGGGGUCGCAGCAGCAAAUCAUCAAUAUUCUAUACUUAAAGUGUCACACACUACUCAGCAAUGAAUCCAAAACACAUUCAAAGGGUCCCGAGCCUUUAAGUGGACUCUUAGCCUAAACUGAAUAAUGAAAUACACGGACUUAUGUGGGCUUCACAGUGGAGCCGUGGUCAGAGGUGUUGCUGUGGUGCAGGAAGGAUCUGGUUUUAAUCCUGGCCUGGGGUCUUUCAUCAUGGAGGUUACAUUUUCUCACUGUGCACAUGUGGGUUCUCUCUGGGUACUCCAGCUUCCUGCCACGGUCCAAAAACGUGACUGUUAGGGUUAUUGACCUCUAUAAAUUGUUCCGGGGUGUGUGUGUGUGUGUGUGUGUGUGUGUGUGUGUGUGUGUGUGUGUGUGUGUGUGUGUGUGUGUGUGUGUGUGUGUGUGUGUGUGUGUGUUGUCCUGGACUGGCAAUCCAGGGUGCAGUUAGCCUGUUUGCCUGAAGCCUGCUGGAGAUAGGCCCCUGCUCCCCAUGACCAUGCACGGAUAAGCAGGCGUAGAUGAUGGAUGGAUGGACUUUUGCACAAUGUUCUAAUUAGUCAUCAUUUAUUUUAUCAUUUGCCAUUUAUUGGAGUUUCACCUGUAAUCUGAUCAGCUCAGAUAUUUAGCUCUUUAGAGCUUAUUCUGUUAUUAUACUAUUAAUAUAUGUUACAUGAUUCUGUUAUUUUGUGAAACAUCUGAUUUCGUUUAUUUUCUCCUUUGGCUUUCUGUUUAAUUCUGGCCGUGUUUUAUUUUCCUGCUGUUCCCUCUACCCUUGUCAGGAUUGGAUCCCAUCAUCCAUGACAUCGACAGUGAUGCCUCUCUGACUAGUUUCAGCGACUGCUUCAUGCCGACUCCACUUGGGAACCCCAUUGACCGCCUUUAUUCCAUGCAAAGCUCCUACUUUACUUAAUGAGACACCAUCAUCCUUAACCUCAUCAUCACCAUCA